CAGCUGUUGCUUAGAACCCGAACUGAUUUGUCAAUAGGUUGUCACUUUUCUCGGAAAUAUUUGUUGGUUUUGAUUUUUCGUGUAAAAAAUUGUUGAAAUGGCAUCAAAUGAGCAAAAAGCUCAGCAGCUAAUUGCCGAGGCUGAAAAGAAAGUGUCUUCGAAGGGGUUUUUUGGAUCACUGUUUGGAGGCAACAGCCGGAUUGAGGAUGCCGUCGAGUGCUAUCAAAGAGCAGCCAAUCUUUUUAAAAUGGCUAAAAAUUGGACACAGGCCGGUAGCGCAUUUUGCGAGGCCGCCAACCUAAAUUCACGAAGUGGGGCCCGACACGACGCCGCCACCAAUUAUGUAGACGCUGCCAAUUGUUAUAAAAAAUCAGAUAUUAACGAGGCGGUGAACUGCCUAUUGAAAGCAAUAGAAAUAUACACGGACAUGGGUCGCUUUACCAUGGCCGCCAAACACCACCAAAGCAUCGCUGAAAUGUACGAAUCGGACGCUGUAGAUUUAGAACGGGCCGUGCAACACUAUGAACAAGCAGCCGAUUAUUUCCGAGGUGAAGAGAGCAACGCCUCGGCUAACAAAUGUUUGUUAAAAGUGGCUCAGUACGCUGCCCAACUCGAAAACUACGAAAAAGCAAUACAAAUUUAUCAACAAGUAGCCUCCUCAGCUUUAGAAAGUUCGCUUUUGAAAUAUAGCGCUAAAGAAUAUCUAUUUCGAGCUGCCUUGUGUCAUCUCUGUGUUGACGUGUUGAAUGCACAACACGCCAUGGAGCGUUAUGUGCAAAUGUACCCCGCGUUCCAGGAUUCCAGAGAAUAUAAGUUGCUUACAACGCUGAUUGAGCACAUGGAGGAACAAAACGUUGAUGGAUUUACCGAAGCUGUCAAAGAGUAUGACUCCAUUUCGCGCCUCGAUCAGUGGUAUACCACCAUAUUGUUGCGCAUUAAGAAACAACUUAAUGAGAACCCAGACUUGCGCUAAGCUUGUUUUAUUUAUUGGCAGAAACCGUAUUUAUUUUUAUGCUUUGUUGGUUAUUCUAUAUCAGUUAUUUGUAAUUAUAGCAUAGAGAAAGAAACUUUCCUUGUUAUAUAAUUAGGUAUGAUAAUUUAUAUAAAGAAUGUUUUGUCUACGACAUUGUUUUGAGAUAUAUAUUUACAUAUGUGAUGUUCUUUAGCAUAAGGUGAUCAAUUUAACACUUACUUCACUAAAUAUCAUGUGUUUCUUUUGUUAUGACACAAUUAACAUUCCGUUAAGCAACAGUAUAUUUAGAUAACAACAAUUUCGAGUAAAAUGGCGCACUCUAAUAUAUAGUGUCUUAAAUUUAACGCGUGGGAUUUACAUGUCGUUCAAAAGUGUUCAUGCUUUACUAAUUUUAUUUAAAAUUUUGCUUAUCUAAGUAUACAUGUGAUACGAAAGUAAUAAUGCGUUGUUGAAAUUUAUUGCCGGUUAAUAAUUCUUGACAAAUUAUGCGUAAAUGGGUCAAACCCUGACACCAUGUAUAUAGGUCCAGAAGUAACGUGAAUUCAGACACUGCUGUUUAUUUCUCAUUUCAACGAUUUGAUUAAUUCCAUCAAUACGUAGCGACGGGAGUUGACAAUUUAUUUUAUAUAUAUGCAUAUGACAUUGAUAUUUCAAUGUUGUUACGUGAAUACUUUGUGUAUACUUUUAAUACUUACGCCAUUUUUAUAUAGUUAGUGUUGUAUGAUUAACGAAUGUAGGUACUAUUAUGAAAUAUGUGUGGUCUUUGUAGCACUUUCAUAGCAAACUGUAAGAUCCCAUUUAUUCGCUGAAUAGUGAUAUAAUUUAAACAUACAUAGCGCUCAUCCGAUUCUGUAAACAUUAUAUGUGACAUAAUAAAUAGAUUUCACAAGUACAUUAUGGGUCAAUAAAAUAAAAAUUAUUACAAGAAUA